GCUUUCAACUGACACUUUGCAAGAUCUUCUGAAUUGUAACCAAGACAACGUUUACUAAAUUGACAGAUUUUUGAAAUAUUCGAGGAUUAAGAAUAAAAUCACAUUAUUCUUUAAAGUAACAUUCUGACCUAAACAGAUGAUCUUGGUAUACAUCAAGGUAAUCUUAGGAACAAAUAUAUUCAGAAGAUAAUGGUGGAUGAAGACCAGUUAGAAAAACAAAAUUGUUUUGGAAUCCAUACAAAAUAAACUCAACCGUAUUCUAUUCACUGAUAGUCAUCGCGAUUUACUGUUGAUGAUGGACUUCUGGCAAGUGCUACUAAGACUGGGACAGUUUUCCGUUCUGACAUUCAGAUUAGUUUUUACCUACUAUGAUGCGAGCCAUAAAAUCAAUUCUAUGUGGUAAUCGUGUAGAUUGUCCUCUCAUACCAAAAAAUGAAGCUUCUUGGAUGCGCGAUCUGUUUUUUCAUCGGGGUAACCCUAUUCAGUAGUGGUUUUUAUUUUUAUCUGAUAAUCAGUCAGUAUAUGAUUUCACAAACCUAUCAGGUACAUCGUGCUAUGUUUAAAAAUAUGGUUGAUUCGGCUAAAGGAUUCAUUGUAUCGGACGAAGAAUCUCUAUUUCAAUCUUCCAAUGAUAUUGAUACAAUCGAAAAGCAUCGUAAAAUGACCCUGAAUGUUACAUAUGAUCAUGAGCUUCGAAGGAAAAUUGAGAUAUUUCUUGUCCAGUUGAGGUCUAAAUUGAGAAGUUGGGAGCUCAGAAGCAAGAGUAUUCUUUGGAAAGAACAAAAUUCUUAUAAUCGAUACAACAUCACUUAUCAAAGAUCAAUUCCAACGUAUCCUAGUGUAACUCGUCUAUGUACCGUUCCAUUUGUUACGAUUGACUCUUCGUUAGAGCCUUUCACUUCUAAUGGAUUUGCUCCAAUUUUGCCAAAAAUUCCAGUCAUUAACUUUUUAAAAGAACGGUUUCCUAUUCAUGAAACAUGUGCCUUGGUUGCUAAUUCUGGUUCUUUAUCGGGAUCGAUGAAGGGUACGGAAAUUGAUUCCCACGACAUAAUUAUCCGCUUUAAUGAUGCACCCACAGUCGGCUAUGAAGUUGAUGUAGGAAAAAAGACAUCCAUCAGAAUACUCAAUUCUCAAGUUGUUUCUCGGCGCUCUUUCAACCUGUCCGAUCCUUUAUAUUCAUCAGCAGUGAAUCUAGUUUGGGAUCCAUCCUCUUUUCAAGUCGACUUAAAGCACUGGUACAGUUCUCCGGAUCACAAUUUUUUCCCGAAUUAUCAAAUUGCAAGGAAACUGACACCAAAUAUUCCUUUUUACAUUAUCCAUCCACGAGUUGCUUGGGAUCUGUGGAAGCAAUUGCAAACCAGCAAACCUCAUCGAAUUAAUCGAACACCACCUUCAUCUGGAUUCAUUGGUCUCCUUUUAGCAUUGCGGUUAUGUUCAUAUGUUUAUGCAUAUGAAUAUAUUCCAUCUAUUCGUAUAACGGAAAAAUGUCAUUAUUAUGACAACACUUCAGGGCUCGGCUGUACAUUUGGUGACUGGCAUCCAUUGGCAACUGAGAAGUUGUAUGCGCUACAUUUGAAUACAGCAAGUGAUUAUGAUUUAGCUAUUAAUGGGCGCAUGAGAACACGUGGAUGUGGCUAAAUUGUGAUACAAACUUUGAGAAGCGCUCAAUCAACUCCAGCUGAACUCUAACUCAAAACAUUCAUGAUUUCAAUAGCAAUUUCAUAUCUGGUUUUCACUUCGAUCUCCUGAUCGCGGAUGAGUGGUUAUCAUCAAAUUGGAAACAAAAUUAAAGGAAAAUAAUUAGUAAUGAUUCUUAAAAUUCUUGAUCUAAACUUUUACCAAUUAUUGCAUAAAAAGUCAAAUUUAACGAGUCAAACAUUUACAUAAUAACAGUCUUUAUCGUCAAAUAAUCACUAGCAUUGAGCAAAAAAAACGACUGAAUAAGAUACAAACAUUGAAAAUCGAUCAAGUUAAAAACCGUUAUUCCUACAAAAUGUCAACAUACCGAGUUACCAUGGAUUUAAUAUUGAAAAUCAAAAUGAAUGAAUAAAGACUGAAACAUAGAUGUAAUUAAUCGGGGAAUCAUUUGAAAUUUCAUCUUAAAUUAAUCGACACGAAGGAAGAAAAAAGGAAAAUCUUUGUUCCCAGAAGUUUAAUCAGCGUUCAUUUCUUUCCGCUGAACAUGUCGAUAUCUAUUGUAUUGCUACCCAUU